AGGCGGAGCAGGCGGCGGACGGUGUUCACCGAGCUGCAGCUGAUGGGGCUGGAGAAGCGCUUCGAGAAACAGAAAUACCUCUCCACGCCUGACAGAAUAGACCUGGCCGAGUCCCUGGGUCUCAGUCAACUGCAGGUGAAAACGUGGUACCAAAAUAGGCGAAUGAAAUGGAAGAAAAUAGUAUUACAAGGCGGGGGCCUUGAGUCCCCCACCAAACCAAAAGGCCGUCCGAAGAAAAACUCCAUUCCAACCAGCGAGCAACUCACAGAGCAGGAGCGAGCCAGGGAAGCAGAGAAGCAAGCGGAAAGCCUAAACUCGCCCUGUGAAGUCAACCAGGAGGAAUAAUAAUAGCAAUAACUAAUAACGAUCCAACGGAGGGGGCCUGGUUAGCAUGCCAGACAGCACAAAGACUCACAAAGCAGCAUCGAGCAAGUGCCUUCUCUAACGAGCCGGGAACAUUUGAAAGACUGGAUUUGAGGAGAAACACACAACUCCAUCCACAGCAGUUUGGACUGAUGCUUAGACUUGUGCGCCAUGCGCUCCAUAGGCCUCCUGCUUCUUUUCAACCCGAAUGUCCACAAUGUGGAACGAGGCGCAGGAUACAUAGACAAGGCCCAUGCCGCGUUCCAUGAAGAUACAAGAAGAUGGGUGACUAAAUGGUUAGUGUAUUAUUAUUUCCAUUUCAUUUCCGUCCUAUUUAAUAUUUGGUGGCUCCCUCUCCCCCUUUCUUCCCCUAUGUACAUAAGGCAGAACACAACCGUUUCUCUUUCUCUGUAUCGGGUUGGGAGCUCCGAGAUGGAAGAUUGUUGUAUUUUGUAUGACAACCCGAAAGGGUCAGGAGGAGAUUGUUACUGUAACUUUACACCUACUUGCUGUCUACAAUCCUGUGGUGCCCCAAGUUAUUCGAAAACUGCAUUUUAUGAUCAGUUAAUGCAAGAUACUUUAGUUACUUUAUUUCAAUAAAGUGUUUUAUGAGCUGUU